GGGAAAUGUCAAAUUUUCCACAGUAGAAAAGUUUUCCAUUCUUUCGCUUUGCAAAAAAUCAAAAUAGAAAAUAUUUUUUCUAUCCCCAACACCGGAGAAGAAGAUGCAGCAAUACAACAAUUCGUUAAAUCGCAGUGGCUUUACAGACGAUUUAAUUUCGGAUGGUGCAGCUAACACAUUAUCCAAAAAUAAUCGAAGAAUGAUCUACGACAAUAAACCAACAAUAGAGCCUAUAGCAAGUGGACGGAAUGCGUUUGCAUUCUGGGUUAUAGUCAUCAUCAUUUUCGUAAUGACCAUUGGUAAUCUGAUUCUCACUAUGACUAUAAUCGGAGUCUUGAGAUUGGGUAAGGGUAUGGAAUUCAUGGAAAUGGUACCAGAGGCGGAGACCAUCAAAUUCUUUGGUGUUACGGACUUCGAUCGACUUUACAAGAAAGACGGAAUUAUCGAAGGAUUCGCUGAUGUUCCUAUGAAUAUCACAGCUGACAACUCGAAUGUAGCCAUUAACUUCGUGAAGCUGAACGGUCAAACCCACAACAAAAUGUUGAUGAGCAAGAAUGGCACCGCCUUCAACGAAAUAAACCAUUUCAUUCUGCGGGACCCACAGACAAACGAACCCAUUUUCACGACGCACAAACCACAUUACAAUAUGAUGGGCGCACAGAAUUUACAUGCCAAGAUCAUCAGUUCAUCACAGAUUCGAGCACCCGUUCAUGAAUCCUUAAGUCUGAACAGUACCAAGGGUAAAAUGCUGUUUCGCGGCUCCGAAGGCGUUAGGAUCAAUGGCAAAGAGAUUUUCAUCUCUGCCGAUCAGAAUUUGGUGUUCAAAGCGCACAACGGAUCGAUCGUUCUGAGUGGAGCGGAUGGCAUAAUUGUGGACGUUAAAAAUAUUCCGAUAGUCGGGGAGCAUGGUAUUAAACUCGACAAUAAUCAGUUCAAGAUUUGCGUUUGUAUGCCAACGGGGAAACUAUUUCGAGUGCCAAUAGCUCCGUCGAGCCACGCCAUCAAGGGACUGUGCAGUCACACGAAACACGACCCAUGCAUUUAAAUCUGCCAUUAGCGUCAUUGGCAUCGAAUUGUAGUUGUAGUUUAUGGUAGUUGCGAUAUUGGGUAGAGGAAUAGAUGAUGUUAGCAUACUCAAACG